CCACAUUUUUGAACAUUCAUAAAAAUAUCUCUCAGCUGGAAUAAAUCCAAAGUCAAGCAAUCCUCUCUGAUCCUCUUAUAAAGGCUUUGGCGGUGAUACAAUUAUACAAAAACAUGUAUUUAAUACAUUUAUCAAUGGUGCACUGAUGGUUAUAUAUUACACUAAGAGAAUAUUGUAUUGACAUCAUUAAAGGAUGGAUUAUACUUCUUUGUUCUUUUACCCAUUCUUCUUUAAAUUAUGGUUGCAUUCAUAUUGUGAGGGGAUCUGUCAUACGUUAGACAGAUUACACCCUGGCUUCAUGAUAAGGAUGUUUCACUCAGUCCGUUGUCUGAAUGUCCGUUUGCGAGGGCAGCUGGAUAUUAACCCAGCUUUUCACUUUGUGUGGGGAUAAAAGCAGGUUCAAUGAUCUUCUUAGGGCUGACAUGAAUGUUGACAUCUUAAACUUGCAUCCAUUUUAUUUUGCUGGGGAAAGUAUCGGGACUUGAAAAAGGGGAAUGGUUGUGCUUCAUAUAGUGUUUAAAAACCUUGUUGUGUUGAGCAAAUCUUGAUGCUGAAAAACAACAACUGCAUUACGUUUCAUUUUAACUGGCCAUCCAAUCUUAUUCCAUUGUUCGACAAACAAAAGCUGGCUAGCCACAGGAAGCACCGCGUCCAUGCGGUAUUGUUACACAGUCCAUAAAAAAAAAAGCAAAACAAGCGGCCAAUUAUAGAAUCGAAAGUCGCCAUUUUAUGGUUGAAUCGUGCCCUGAUGAGGAGCUUUGUCCUAAGAAAUCAGCACUGUUUGGUUUGUUUGGAGCAGGUUAGCUGGAGAGCUCACUGGUUAAGAUGUCUGGUGAAACAGCUGGAGAGGGGGGAGGCGUCUCUGGUGGACCUGAAGAAGAACCUAGAGUACGCGGCCACCGUGCUGGAAUCGGUGUACGUCGAGGAGACCAGGCGCCUGGUGGACACUGAGGAUGAGCUCAGUGACAUCCAGUCAGAGUCGGUGCCGUCGGAGGUGCGUGACUGGCUGGCCUCCACCUUCACGCGCCAGAUGGGGCUGAUGCUGCGGCGCACCGAGGAGAAGCCACGCUUCCGCAGCAUCGUGCACGCUGUGCAGGCCGGCAUCUUCGUGGAGAGGAUGUACAGACGCACUUCCAACAUGGUUGGACUCAGCUACCCUACAUCUGUAAUAUCUGUGCUUAAGAACGUGGACAAAUGGUCGUUUGACGUGUUCGCCCUGAACGAGGCGAGCAGCGACCACGCCCUCAAGUUCAUCUUCUACGAGCUGCUCACCCGAUACGACCUCAUCAGCCGUUUCAAGAUCCCCAUCUCAGCGGUGGUGUCCUUCGUGGAGGCCUUGGAGGUGGGCUACAGCAAACACAAGAACCCCUACCACAACCUGAUGCACGCGGCGGACGUCACACAGACCGUGCACUACCUGCUGCUCAAGACGGGCAUGGUGCACUGGCUGACUGAGCUGGAGAUCUUUGCACUGAUCUUUGCGGCCGCCGUGCACGACUACGAGCACACAGGGACCACAAAUAACUUCCACAUCCAGACCAGGUCGGACACGGCCAUCCUGUACAACGACCGCUCGGUGCUGGAGAGCCACCACGUCAGCGCGGCGUACCGCCUGCUGCAGGACGACGACGAGAUGAACAUCCUGUACAACCUGUCCAAGGACGACUGGAGAGAGCUGCGGGCGCUGGUGGUGGAGAUGGUGCUGGCCACAGACAUGUCCUGUCACUUCCAGCAGGUCAAGACCAUGAAGAACUUCCUGCAGCAGCCGGAGGGCGUGGACAAGCCCAAGGCCCUGUCCCUCCUGCUGCACACGGCGGACAUCAGCCACCCCGCCAAGACCUGGGACCUGCACCACCGCUGGACCGCCUCCCUGCUGGAGGAGUUCUUCAUCCAGGGGGACAAGGAGGCAGAUCUCGGACUUCCAUUCUCCCCGCUGUGCGACCGCAAGUCCACCAUGGUCGCCCAGUCCCAGAUCGGCUUCAUCGACUUCAUCGUGGUGCCCACCUUCACCGUACUGACGGACAUGACAGAGCGCAUUGUCACGCCACUCAUCGACGAGGCCUCCCAAGCUGGAGUCGCAGGCUUCCGACGCUCCAGUAUGAGUUCAGAGGAAUCCAAGCGGGGCAGCAUGAAGAGCACCGGUCUGGACAGCACCUCCUCCGGCCACUGCUCCCUGCUGGCCGUGGACCACAAGAACUUCAAGACCCUGUGGAACGACGAGGUCUACCAGAACCGCGAGAGGUGGAAGGCACAGGCCGCCAAAGAGGCAGAGGAGAGGGCCAAGAGGGAAGCGGAGGAGCCGGCCAAACCGGAGGAGGCCCCGGAGCCCCCGGACCCCGCCGGCACAACGCAGACCCCCGCCGCUGGGGUCCAGGGCGCCGAGGCGGACGACCCAUCCUGCCCGCUGCCAGAGGACGACGCUGGGGCUAAGAGCCCGGAUCAGGGACCCCAGCCUGGCACUCCGCCCCUACUGAACGGGGAGGUGUCCGAGGGAGCUGAAUCCGCGCAGGGAGAGGAGCAGAAGAGUAGAUCACCUCAUGAACAAGAGACCGACUGAGGGAGUUCUACAGCCACGGUCCAACUGUUGGAACUCGAGUCAAACUCCUGCUUUGUGUUUUUUCCCCAACGUCCCACCACACAGCGAGGCCAUUACUUUGACUAUGUCGCCCCCUACAGGGCGGUCUGGGGAAUGACACGAGCCCCCUCGCAAUCUCUCUACUUCUGUUUCUUCCCUCCUAAAGGUAUACUUUGUAAGACAUUCGGACAAGACCACAACCACUCAAAAAACCAAGACCACUCUAACACAAAAGAGACUCCCGCCCCUCCCUCCCCUUCCCUCCCUCCCCAUCUACUGCAGACGAGCUGACCUCGGCUUGGAGCUAAAGACAGAUGGUUUUCAGUGGUGUGAUUAUGUUAAUGUCACUUCCUUCUAUCCUGACCGACCAGCAUGCACUGGUCUGUCUAUAUCAUUGAUGAUGAUGAUGAUGAUGGUGACGACGAUAAUGAAGAUGAUGAUGAUGAAGAAGGGAGCUAGACAGCGUGCUAUACAUCAGGAGCUGAAUUAUAAUAUUCCUUAGUGAGGUAACAAAGGUGAUCCUAUAUAAUUGAGUGAAACACAAUGAAGAAGAUAUCCAUGACAAAGUAUACCUUUAAUUCCACGUGCGGGCUUGUACAACGUUCUUCUGGCCUGGCCCUUCCAACCCUACACUCCCUCUCUGCCUUCCAAACACUCUUCCUUCCUGAUGGUGUGAAGACGUACAGAUUACUGCCGUUAUCAGAGCUGAGUUAUAUGUUUUUUAUUUUGUAUCUAGAAGUACAGAGGGAAUUACUACGUUGGUAUUGCCCGUGGAUCUAUGUCUACGGCUCUACUAUAGUAACGAUACGAUGACAAAACAGAAUAUUUGGAUACCUGGUUUACAAAAACAAAUGUGCUCUUCCUUUAUUUUACCUUUUUAUCUGUAAUUAAACGAUGCGUCAGACCUUAAGCAAGAUGGAUGCCUAUAACGGUGAUAUUUUAACAAGCUCUGUUUAAGUUGAAGUAAUGGCACAGUGACAAAACACAAACAGUAUGGCAAAAGUCAUACUUUUUUUUCAGAAAAAGGUACACACACAUACACGUACCCACAUACACGCACACAGACACACAGCCGGCUUCCAUAUGUGUUUCUCCUGCAGAUAGUAGCAAUUGUUUUUCCAUGGAGAAGGGACACAACAUCCUCUCUGCCUCUUUAACAGGCUUCACACCUUAUAUUGUAGGGUCAUGCCAUUUGAAAGAUAUAUAUUAUCCAAUACAGCGCUAGGUAGAGGUCCUUUUUUUUACGAUGAACUUGUCCACCGCAAUCACUCAGACUUCUGGAUUGAGUUAAUUAUCUAAUUUGAGGGGGAGUUGACAAAACGUUUGCGAGGAAACAAUCCACCGACACAUAGAUUUGGAUGUAGCAUACGAUACUGUAUGUCCAAAAUGUAGGUUUUCCGACUUGCACAUUUCAAACAUAUCAAUGCUUCUUUGGUUUUCAUUUUGAAGGCUGUUUUGUAAAAAAUCUGAAAUGUUUUCUUUGGUGGUUAUUAUGAUUUUUUUAAUCUUUUCUGUGAUUUAACUAUUGAUCGUUGUCUCAUCGCCUCCAUAAGGUCCUGCCUGUUCACCUGUUCCUAGACCAGCCAGCCAGUCCUUUAGCACUCCCGUUGCCUUCCUACGUGGAAUUACACUGUACAGUGCUUCAGUAUAUCCUAUCACAGGAUAGGUUUCCUCUUACGGCGCUCGGUCACAAUGUUCCUGUCCCCUUGUCCCCCGCAAUGUGUGUUGAUUCCGUGCUCUCGCUCAACUGUUCCAGCUAGCUCCAAUCCAGCCAGCUAUCUUUUUAUUAUGUUUUAAUCUGUGAUGGCCGUGCAUCAGAACAUCACAAAAACCGCUAGCUGCUUCUUGAGUGUAGCCGCCCGAGAACUGUAAAACUCCUUGUAUGUUGAUGUAUAGAAGAUGCAGAUGUUAUUUUAUUGUGCAUAUGUAACAUAUAUUGAAGUUAUUCUGCGACGCUGUUCCAGCCUUAACUGUACACUGUAUGUGUUGUGAUUGGACGAGAAGCGUUUUAGCAGUAUUUAUGAAACGGUUGAACUGUUUCCCUGAGAUUGUGGCCUUUUUUUAACCGACCAUAUAGUUUCUCCCAGAAUGUUGAGUUAUUUUUUUAGGGUAUAUCUCCUGAGCAUACCAACAUUGCCAUGUUUUAUGAUGAUUAUUAUUAUUAAGUAACAUUUAAGAUUUGCAUUUAUAUUCCUUCAUUGUUUUUAUUGUUUGUGCUCACACCGAAUUAAGUAGUGGCUUCUACGUUACGAAAUCCCCUCAAACAAAGAGAGUCAGUGUGGCAACAUUGCUGAAUAAAUACAUAUCUUUUAAUCCUCUUGAAUAACUGAGAAGUGGUACAGGUCAAACCAAUUUAUUGGAUCAUUAUGCAUACAGUAAAUAUGUAGAGCAUUCUCUUUUUCUUUUUGUUAGUUUAAUUUUAGAGAUAUUUAUUGCAUCCCAAAGCAGCAUAUUCAUACAAACACAGUUUAAGUUGGCCGGUUACUUUUUUUUGGUUUAAUAAUCAGUUUGAUAGUGAAUGUACACAACAAUUAGAUUUAACAGUUACUUUCUGACCUUUUUUCAUGAACAUGAAAGAAGACCAUAAAAGAAAAUGUACCCUUCAAACUUGUCAACCGAAUGUAACUUUUGUUCAUUUCAUGUGCAUUUCAUCCUCCCUGUCUACAUACAAAGAGACAUGAUUACACUAUUAUUCGAGGAUUCAUUUUCUGUUCUUUUUUUUGGUCUCAAGUAGAAAUUCCACAACUCCGAUUUUCAACUGCUGCCACCACAGUCUAGUCUGAUUGGUGCUUGGUUGAACACUCAAUAAUGCCUCCUGUUAGCUAACGGGACCAAUAUGUGUGAUGUUGGUGGUCAUGUUUAGUCUCAUUACUUUGCUCUAUCUUCCACUGGCUCCUGUGGUACCCUGUGCUAGGUAAUACGAAACAGGAAACCUUUUUACAAUGCCGAAUUAGAAUUACAAAAAAUAUAUAUCAACAAACAAAAAAAAACACAAUAUAUGGUUGUAUUUAGGACAUGUACAGACUUCUAAACAUAGUGUUUUGUAAACAGUUAUCACAGAACAGGUUAUUUGUUGUUUGUUUAAACGCGUUGUCUCUAUUGUUUAGUCAGGACCACUCUAUAUAUGGUUGAUGUCAUGUUGUUCUAGUGAGGUUUAGGUGGCUGUCAUGCGUGUGCGUGACACUGCUAAAGGAAUACUUAACGUGCAUUUAUGUGCACCUAUGUGCAUCUCUUCACUGUGACCUGCUCUUUCUGCUGUGUGUGUGUGUGUGUGUGUGUGUGUGUGUGUGUGUGUGUGUGUGUGUGUGUGUGUGUGUGUGUGUGUGUGUGUGUGUGUGUGUGUGUGUGCAGGGCCGUCGAUAAGGGGUGAAAGGUGAUGACGAUUCAGGGGGCCCACAGC